CUAACAUAGUCAGAUGAGAUUCUAUGACCCAUAAGCUAUUGUUUUUAAGUUUUUUUUCUAAACAUAGCCAGAAACGAUUUUUUGGUUGUCAAAAACUGCUUUUAACUCUUGCACAAACCGUCUCAAACAUGCCUAAGUAUCAAGAUAGUUUGCCUUUGCUGCAUCAAAUUGCACGAAUGCAUAUGUAAGUGUAGGAUCAAUGGUGAUCUCUGAGUAGCACUAUGUUCUGCCACUUGUGUACAGAAGCAUCAAGAAUAACAGCAACAGAUAGUGGAACUCGAAAGAAGAUCGGUUUCACUUAACCAGUGAAUAUGAAUCCCUGAAAGUAGAGAAGAAGAGAAUCAAGUUCGUUGAUGGCUAAUCAAAACCAACCAAAUGUGACACCGGGAACACACAUAUAGGUCCCUCUUCUUUCAUUUCACAUUUAACAUCGAUCGAUAGAAUGAUCAUUCUUAAAGUCUCUUGACAGAAACAGGUUUUGUCUCUCCUCCAAUGAAUUUCCAUUAGUGGUGAAAUUUCAUGUACUUGUAAUACCACCCAUCCGUUGAUGUCCCUACUCAGCAUAAUUAUCUUCCCUACAUGAAUGAGAUAGCCACAUUGAUGCUGAUUCCAGAUCUAUCAAUCAAAUCAAGCACAUAACUCUACUAAUCAUAUCACCAGGUUUAUACAACCAUGUGUUUAUCUCUCUCAUCACGUCCUAACUGGCUCAGUUUAGCUAGAGCUAGGAUCUAUCGAGCUUUGGAUAUUCCUAUCUUGUCAAAAAUCGCUUUGCGAUGUUUAAUCGCUCCUUAAAAUGGUGUAUUAUAACUUCCGACGCAGACCAAUAGGCCAUCUAGAGCUACAAAAAUGGAAGGUGGAGUAAAGGGUGUUGAAUAUCAAGCCCAGCCAAGAGAUGCUUACAAGAUUGCUUACAUUAUUCAUUUCUUGCUGGGAGCAGGCAAUUUGCUUCCUUGGAAUGCAUUCAUCACCGCCGUUGAUUAUUUCGGGCAUCUCUAUCCCACCAAGCAUGUCGAGAAGGUCUUCUCUGUCGCUUACAUGAGUUCUUCGGUACUCGUAUUGCUUGUGAUGAUGACAUGGAGUGGCUGGUGGGAGAAGAUGAGUCCUAGGCUGAGACUCAGCUUGGGAUUUUCUCUGUUUAUUCUCUCGUUAAUGGUGGCUCCAAUUACGGACUGGCUUUCGGGCAGUUCUGCGUUGAGCAGUGGGAGAGCUAAUGCAGGUUAUGGCGUGACAGUUGCAUCAGUUGUAGUGUGUGGCUUAGCUGAUGGCUUGGUAGGAGGAAGCUUGAUGGGAUCCGCCGGAAAGCUUCCGAAAAAAUACAUGCAAGCUGUUUUUGCAGGAACCGCUUCUUCAGGUGUGAUAAUUUCUCUGCUGAGGAUUUCAACCAAGGCGAUGCUUCCACAAACCCCGAAAGGACUACAAACAAGCGCGCACUUGUACUUCAUCGUCAGCACCAUAUUCCUCCUGUGCUGCUUGCUCGCCUGCAACUUGUUAUACAGGUUGACAGUCAUGCAGGAACACUGCAGGCUUGCUCAAGACGAACCUUAUUGCGCAAGACCAAAAUUUUGGGACGUGGCGCGAAAAGUCCCCUUGCCAGCUUUUGGGAUUUUCGUAACCUAUACAGUGACUCUGUCGAUUUUUCCAGGAUUUAUUGCCGAAGAUCUCGAAUCCAAGCUUUUUCGAGAUUGGUAUCCUAUUUUGCUGAUCACGGUGUACAAUGUUGCAGAUUUAGUGGGAAAAUCAUUGACUGCAGUAUAUCUUCUAAAGAGCAUUAAAAGGGCAACUUUGGCUUGCAUUGCAAGGCUCCUAUUUUAUCCAAUCUUCACUGCUUGCCUCCAUGGACCGCCAUGGCUGAAAACUGAAAUUCCAAUGGGGGUUCUCACAUUUAUGCUUGGAUUGACCAACGGGUAUCUGACAAGUGUUCUCAUGAUGACUGUUCCGAAAACUGUGCUGGCUUCUGAAGCGGAGCUAUCUGCCAUUGUCAUGGUGGUGUUCCUUGGAGUUGGCUUGGUUAGCGGCUCGGUUCUCGGGUGGUUCUGGAUUUUAUGAAAUUCCUUUGUUAGAAAUGCUAAAAACCCUGUCAAUGUAUGUAAGCUCGUGUCUCUGUUAGAAGUGUUUUCGUAGUCCGAUGACUUAGCCCUGGUGUGUAGUUCCGUAGUCCUGCUUUUGAAUCAAAAACUUGCCUCUGCCACUUUCCAAUAUUUAUUUACUUCGCUCAAAUGAACUCAACUAACUCGAAAUUUUGAUAA